UUUUUUUACGGUCCAGCGCAAACACAAUAGCCGAUAGGUAAACCAGGAAAUGUAACCCACAUUCUAGAGAUGUAACUAUAUCGGUUUGAGAGUUUCUGUCUGCAACUGAUAGAGGAACCGAUGGGAGUUAUUUGCGAUUAAAAGUGCUGUCAUGAGUAGAAAACCACUGGGUUUCGACUUGUGCAUGUCAGUGUGGGAACUUCGGUGGACAGCAGCGCACUGACACGGACACAUGCAUGAAUGAAUGCGGUGUCAACUGAAGUUCCAAUGGAUUCUAAUGAGGAUAACCAGAAUUAUGAGGACUGGAUGUCAAGUCUGCCAGAGGAGCUGUGGGAUGUGCCUCUUUCAAGUCUCGCCAUACCAGGAAGUCAUGACGCUAUGAGUUACUGCCUGGACAUCAACUCUCCUCUGAUCCGCUCCGAGUCCGACACCUUUCGAGUCCUGGAUGGUCUCUUCUACUGUCUCACCAGACCUGCCAUCUACAGGUGGUCUACCACACAGGAGAAAGAUAUUGUGGAGCAGCUUUCAAAGGGGAUUCGAUACUUCGACCUCAGAAUCGCCCACAAACCGUACGACCCGUCCAACGAACUGUAUUUUACACACGUCAUUUACACUCAUCUGACAGUGAUGGAAACUCUGAGGGCCGCAGCCUUGUGGCUGGAGUCCCACUCCAAGGAGGUUGUCAUCCUAGCAUGCAGUCACUUUGAAGGACUCGACGAAAAACUACAUGAACAUUUCAUUUUCUCACUGAAGAAAAUCUUUGGGUCUAAACUCUGUCCUUGCAAGGGGUCAGUGGUGACCCUGCGUGGUCUGUGGGCGAUGGGUUACCAGGUGCUGCUGUCGUAUGAUGACCAGUCAGCAGCACGACACCAGGCUCUGUGGCCAGCGAUACCUUACUGGUGGGCCAACCAAAACACGUCCAGCGGGGUGGUCAGCUAUCUGGACUGGCAGAAAGACAUGGGACGCCCAGAUGGUUUCUUUGUGUCUGGUCUGAACCUGACGGCUGAUCGCUCCUACAUCGCGCUGCACCCCUGUCAGUCCUUGCAGACCCUAACCCUGGCUAACUGGAAGGAGCUGAAGGCGUGGCUGGAGGAACAGGUCCCCGGACCACACCCUAACAGCCUCAACAUCAUAGCAGGAGACUUUAUAGGACCUGUCCCCUUCUGUCCCCUGGUCAUCAAGCUCAAUAGAAAACUGUUACGGCAGCAGAGGAUGGAUCAGAGGACUCUUAAAGCAGAGGAGGACUGACUAGACUACAGAUGAGAAAUAAAAUAUCUGGUUUAGGGAGUCAUUCAGUCCAAAAUAAGUCAUUCAAAGAGAACAUAAAACUGUUACAGCAGCAAAGUUACGAGGGAGGACAACCGGUCAUUAUCUGGUUUCACAGGGAAUCAUUCUGACCUAGAUACUUCAGAAAUGAUUCACACCCCUUGACUUUUUCCACAUUUUGUUGUUUUGCCUGAAUUUAAAAUGGAUUAAAUUGAGAUUUUGUG